AUGGGCACCUUGCCAGAGUGCUUGAUGAGAUUUAGCAAAAAUCUCUCAAUGCUCAGCCUCCGAAUGAACAGGAUUCAGGGUGUGAUCCCUAAGAAAUUUGCUAAGGGCAGCAAUUUAAGGACUAUUGACUUUAGUCAAAAUCGAUUUGAAGGGACAUUGCCAGGGUCCUUAGUACAUUGUGACAAGUUGGAAGUUUUGAAUCUUGGCAACAAUAGAGUGGAGGAUACGUUCCCGGAUUGGUUGGGAACUCUUACCAAGUUACAAGUUCUUGUUUUGAGGUCCAACAUGUUCCACGGCUUCGUCAGUAGUCCUAGAGCAGCUCGCCCAUUUUCUGAUUUACGCAUUUUCGACCUCUCCAAUAACAAUCUGAGCGGUCCUUUACCCGUUAGAUAUAUUAUGAAGCUCACUGCCAUGAUGAAUCAGGAUAAAGGAAGGGACAAGCUACAGUAUAUGGGAGGAGAUGGUUAUCAAGAUUCAGUCGCGGUGACCAUAAAAGGACUGGAGAUACAGUUGGUGAAAAUUCUAACUGUUUUCACGAGUAUCGACUUAUCGAGCAACCAUUUUGUUAGGGAGCUUCCAGUGGACAUAGGAAACCUGAAGUCACUCAAAGGACUAAACUUUUACCACAACAAUCUUACUGGCUAUAUCCCUCCAUUUACCGGGAACUUGACUGAACUCGAUUGGCUAGACCUCUCUUCAAACAAGUUCAACGGAAGGAUUCCUCGAGAACUAGCAGAUUUGACGUCUCUUGAAUUCUUGAACCUCUCAGAGAAUCAGCUCAUUGGACCUAUUCCUUUAGGAAGGCAAUUCAACACAUUCAAGAGCGACUCGUUUGUUGGGAAUCCCAAAUUAUGCGGAUUUCCAUUGCCAGGGACAUGCGCAAACAAUUCACGAAAAAUUCCACCGAUAACCAUCCUCAAGGAAAAUGAUACAGAGCAUGGAGGCCGGUUUGAAUGGAGAGCCAUAUUGAUGGGUUAUGGGUGUGGAAUCGUAGCUGGAGUCUCUCUAGGAUACAUUGUUCUCGAAUCCAGAAAAUUUGAAUGGCUCGGGGGAUUGGUUGAAAGGAAAGGAGCUAAUAUGAGAAAGAAGUGCAGGAGGAAUGCCCGUAUAUCUUUUCAAAUCUGA